UUUUCUCGUCAUUCGCUCGCAAUGAUGCAAUAGGUAGCAAUAGGAACAUAGGAACUUCUUUAUUACACGUUUACUGACGUCUACAAUCGUGACGUUGACGUAUAUUGACAUAUAUUUUCUAGUCUCCGGUUGUGUCUGUUUUUCUAUAUAAUUGUAUCGCCGUUUACAGCUUUAAUACAGCUGGACAAUAUAUUUGUACUGAAAUAAUUCUGACUACUGUGUGACUGGAUAAAAACAGAUUGAAGUACUUCUCUUGGUUUCUAAGAAUAUUUUAUAAGACAAUAAUUUUCUUCUACGUCUGUUCAUCUAUUAAGCUAUCAAGAUUGCUAACAAAACUAACAAAAUGCGACGUGCCCAUUCAGGGGGUUAUGGCUAUGAGCCAUUACCAAGUACAUCUACUCACAAUACUAUGCAAGAUGAGAACGAAAGGAUGACUGAAAAACUAGGGGAUAAAAUUCAAGCCUUAAAAUCAUUAUCCAUUGAUAUUGGUACAGAAGUAAAAUAUCAAGAGAAAAUGCUAAAAGACAUAGAUGAUGAUUAUGAAAGAACAAGCAGUUCGUUGUUUGGUUCUGUGGCACGUGUUUUGCGUCUGGGAAAAGCAAAACACAAUUAUUAUAUCCUUUACUUAUUUCUUUUCUCUGUAGCGGUAUUUAUCGUAUUGUGGAUAGUUUUAAAGUUUAAAUGAUUCUACACAAGAUUUAUAUAGCUAAGUGAAAUGUAUAUAAAACGUAAUUAAGGUUUCUUAAAUAAGUUAUUCGGUUAGCAUUGAAUUUUACAUUAUAUCGUCAUAAAACUUUACUCUUAUUUUAUAAAGUAACAUAUACAUUGUUAUGCCGUUAUAAAAAAAAUAUUAAUGCAUUAGAGAUAAAGGGGAGGAUGGUAUACUCUUGGAAUAAAGAGAAAUAAAUAUAUUUUUUACAA